CUUCCGUAGUCCUCGUAGUGUAAUCAUGGCCGGCUGGAUGUGGCUCCGCUGUAUUUUAGGGCCUCAUUUGCAAAGAAUCCACCGUUCAACGGACCAACCCCGACCUGAAGGCAGAGCCGGGAGGAGGCAGGGAUGGAGCUACCAGCCCCGGAGUCUGGAGAAACACACUGACAGCAUCCUCGGUUGGGCUUCAGCACUGUGGUCUCUGUCCUACUACAGCUCUCCUCUUCUCCUCUGCUAUCUGUACAGAAAAGGUUACAUCUGCAGCAGUAAGCUGGUUCCAGUGAGUCAGUAUGUGGGAACAGUGCUGGUGUGUCUUCUCGGAGUGGCCUGUCUUCGAGGGUGGGGUAGAUGGAAAAACUCAGAGUAUCUUCAGUUUAUAUCCAUUCUGGAAGAAACCAAGAACAAUCACACACCAGCAAACAAGAAAAAACUGAGGUGCUAUGAUUUUGACUUCUCGUGCUGGCCUUCAGACUUCAGCUGGACAGAAGUCAGCAAUCCAAAACUAUCCAAGGCUGGUGUGUCUCUGCUAAAGCCAGAGCCCAGAUUAAGAGGAGCAGCAGACAGUGUGCUCCACUCUGUGCGCACUCUACCAUGCCACGUGAUCAGUUUUCUUAUUGCCCACUCAUUUGGGAGGAGGAUGCUGUACCCCGGCUCUGUAGGUUUACUGCAGAAAGCCAUGAGGCCCAUGCUACAGCAAGGCCAGGCUAGGUUAAUAGAAGAGUUUGACGGACAAAGGAACAAGCUGGUAGCCUGCGAUGGUAAUGAGAUUGACACAAUGUUUGUGGAUCGAAGGAGAGACGGGGGACGGAAUGGCCAGACCCUGGUCAUCUGCUGUGAGGGGAAUGCAGGCUUCUAUGAGGUGGGCUGCAUGAACACUCCACUGGAGGGUGGCUACUCCGUACUGGGCUGGAACCACCCUGGGUUUGGAGGCAGUACGGGAGUGCCAUUCCCCCAGAAUGAAGCCAACGCCAUGGAUGUAGUGAUCCAGUUUGCAAUGCACAAACUUGGCUUCCAGCUCACGGACAUUGUCGUAUAUGCUUGGUCCAUAGGAGGAUUCACAGCCAGUUGGGCAGCGAUGUCAUACCCAGAGAUCCAAUCAUUAGUGUUGGAUGCUUCCUUCGAUGACCUCCUGCCUCUGGCCCUCAAAGUCAUGCCAGACAGCUGGAGGCCGUUGGUACAACACACAGUGAGGCAGUACAUGAACCUCAACAACGCUGAGCAGCUUCUCAAAUACCAGGGACCUGUGCUGCUGAUCAGGAGAACCAGAGAUGAGAUCAUCACCACGACGGGUCCAGAGGACAUCAUGUCCAACAGAGGGAACAACCUCCUGCUCAAACUGCUACAAUUCAGGUAUCCAAAAAUAAUGACAGAUGAAGGGGUGAGAGUUGUCAGACAAUGGCUGGGAUCCUCCAACCCCUUAGAAGAAGCAUCUGUGUACAGUGGCUAUGAGGUGGACGAUGACUGGUGUGUGUCUGUGCUGCAGUCGUAUCAGGCGGACAGAGAUGUUUUGUUUCCCUGGAGUGUUGGUGAGGAUAUGACUCUGGAGGGAAGGCGGCAGCUGGCUCUUUUCUUGGCACGGAAGUACAUGCGAAACUUCGAGACAACACACUGCACUCCUCUCCCCGCCUCCGAGUUCCACUCACCCUGGAGACUGUAGAGAAAGACGGAUGGACGAAUGGAUGAAAGGAAACAAGCAGCAGAGGGUCCAGAUGGCCUGUGGUCAAAGAGCGUGUUCCUGGCAUGGUGUGAAUGUAUUACUGUGAUUUUUUCCAAGACAGAUUCAUUGUCAGGUAUAGUGUUGCUGUGGUGGCAUCUGGAAAGAUCUGGUCUACUACAACCCCCCAACCCCCCAUUCCAAUCCUGUAAAAUAUGGUACAUCUUUUCUUUUGAUGUUAGUUUUUAUUCAUACUUUUCAGUGUUAGUCUCUUUAAAAAAGAAAAGAAAAAGGAAACAAGCAUUUUAUCUAAAUGCACAAGCCAUCACUCACUCCUUCCAUCUUUCCCUCUUUGGCUGUAUUUGUAAAGAAGCAAUUAUAAAAUAAUCUUAAUAGUAGAGCAGUUUUAAUCUUUAAAAAUGCAGCCAACGUGUUGAAGCUUUUCAGGUUUAUUUCUUUUCUGUGGACACUAUCUGUAUGAACAAAGCUGUAUCCUUAAAAUGAUGCUCUUACAUGUUCUAUUAAAUAUGCUGAAUAAAAUGUUUGACAUAAGGGAA